AGCUUGUCCGGCUUCCAAGCUUGUCCAGCUUCUUGCGCUGCGGCGAUGGCGGCGGAAGAGGAGGAGGUGGACUCCGCCGAAAGCAGCCAGGGGUCAGGAUGGCUAACGGGUUGGCUCCCCACCUGGUGCCCUACAUCUACAUCACACCUUAAAGAAGCUGAAGAGAAAAUGUUAAAAUGUGUCCCCUGCACUUACAAAAAGGAACCUGUUCGUAUAUCUAAUGGAAAUAGAAUAUGGACACUGAAGUUCUCUCACAGUAUUUCAAAUAAGACUCCACUUGUUCUCCUCCAUGGUUUUGGUGGAGGUCUUGGACUCUGGGCACUGAAUUUUGGUGAUCUUUGCACCGAUAGGCCAGUCUAUGCUUUUGACCUAUUGGGCUUUGGACGGAGUAGUAGACCCAGAUUUGACAGUGAUGCAGAAGAAGUGGAGAACCAGUUUGUGGAUUCUAUUGAAGAGUGGAGAUGUGCCCUAGGAUUGGACAAAAUGAUCCUGCUUGGACAUAACCUGGGUGGGUUCUUGGCUGCUGCUUACUCACUGAAGUACCCAUCAAGGGUUAGUCAUCUCAUUUUAGUGGAGCCUUGGGGUUUUCCUGAGCGACCAGACCUUGCUGAUCAAGACAGACCAAUUCCAGUUUGGAUCAGAGCCCUGGGAGCAGCAUUGACCCCCUUUAACCCUUUAGCUGGCCUCAGGAUUGCAGGACCCUUUGGUUUAAGCCUAGUUCAGCGGUUAAGGCCUGAUUUCAAACGGAAGUAUUCUUCAAUGUUUGAAGAUGACACUGUGACAGAAUACAUCUACCACUGUAAUGUACAGACUCCAAGUGGUGAAACAGCUUUCAAGAAUAUGACUAUUCCCUAUGGAUGGGCAAAAAGGCCAAUGCUUCAGCGAAUUGGUAAAAUGCACCCUGACAUUCCAGUUUCAGUGAUCUUUGGCGCCCGAUCCUGCAUAGAUGGCAAUUCUGGCACCAGCAUCCAAUCAUUACGACCACAUUCGUAUGUGAAGACGAUAGCUAUUCUUGGGGCAGGGCAUUAUGUAUAUGCAGAUCAACCAGAAGAGUUCAACCAGAAAGUAAAGGAGAUCUGCAGCUUGGUGGACUGAACACACUGAAGCCUUUGUAAGAACACCUGUUGACUGAUAGAAUUCUUGAGCAAUAAUCUACAGUACGAUGAAGAUUGAGGAAUGCAACCCAAGAACCAGGCAGUCUCCUUGACUGCAUCUUGCACAUUUUUUAAAGCCAUUUGCACAUUUAAACCCGUUAGUGCCUUCUAGAAGAAUGAGUUUCCUUUCUCCUACACAAAAUUGAAAUAUACAAGAGACUCAAAAUUUAAUGGCUUUAAAUAAAAGGUUAUUUAUCCCUCUGUACUGAAAAUCUGUAAUUUUUCAAUUAAGAUUUUUUUCAUUUUUACCUAACUUUGCUGGUCAAGUACUUUUAAUAUUGCAGUCUAUUUUACAAAUUUAAAGAAGUGGUUUCUGGGUCUGUUAUGUUAUAUACUAUAAAAGUGCACUUGAUUUUCUUUGUCUGAUUGUAUUUACCACAUCUAAUAACUGAUAUAAUUAAUUCAAAUUCAAUUUAUUUUUUAUGUAAAAAUUUGUCAGUUGUUUAGACUACUUCACCUGAUUUUUAAAUGGUGUGACAAGUGCUGGAUAUGUAGCUCAGUGGUAGAGAGCUUGCCUAAUAUACAGGAGGCCCUGGGUUCAAACCCUAGCACAGAAAAAUAAUUAUAAUAAUGAUAUUCUGAAGAUUAAAUGGAGUGACAAAAUAGGUUUUUAGUUAAAAGUAUGGGAUUUAAUCACUAGCAUUAAUUUUUUGGUUUUCCUCUGUUUUAUAUUUAAAGCUGCAAACCCCAUGUUCGGCAUUUUAAAUGUGAUACAAACUGCAACAGCAUCACUCCUGGGAACCUUCUAUGUAUGACACUGUUCUGUACUUUUAAGGAAGAAUGACAUUAAUGCUUAAGGGAUUCAAAUACUGAAUCUCUUAACCAAAAAUCCAGCCCUUUCUCCUCCCAUUAAUGUUAUUCUUUUCCUGGAACCAGGCUGCAGCAACUAGGACAGAUUUCCUCACUUCAGGGGAGUUUAGAAUUGUUACCUUCCAGUAAGCCAUGUCGUACGUAUCAUAUUUUCAUGAACAUCUCCUCUUUAGAUGGGUGCUAAAACUGGAUUGCAUUUUUACCACUAAAAUUAAAAAAUGGGUGCUGUUAUUGUCUCAUGGCACCAGAAGUGAGCUCACACUUGGGUUUGGUUUUUAUUGAGUAUUGUGUUGAUUAAAUCAUUGCAGACUUGCAUUUAUAUUGUGAAAAAUCUAUAACAUUGAUUAUACUAUUUGACAGUAACUAUCAUCAAGUGUGGCACUGUCUUGCAGUUUUAAAAUGAGUUUUAAAACUUUGAAACUGUGAGAAAGCUCCAUGUGCUAACUGGCUGCUGAGAAAAUCCUCAACAAAAUAAAAUUGAGUAUAAUUGUCACCAAUAAGGCAUCUUUGCCUUAUGUUUUGCUAACAUUGUUGUCUAGGAGAAAGGCAGGCUAUGUAAAUAGACAGUGAACUAGAACAAAUAAUGGUUUGGGUUAUUGUAUUUUUUAGAUGGUUAAUUAGGGAGUUUGUAGUCAUUAGGAAAUGUAAGAUUGUAUGCUGUUGAUAAACUGCCAGAGGAACUGAAAAUUAUGUUUUCAAUAUUAUUUCCCCUGUAAAAGAACUACACAGAAGAUGGAAACAACUUUCCAAUGAACCAUUUGUCUCACUCAUCAGAUUAACUAGGUUAGUUCAAUAUGACAACAUGAAAGCUAGGGUGAGUUUCUCUACCUUAAGAACAAAAAUAGCUUCACUAUUUAGUCAGUGUCUCAGAUAGACAAAUUAAAACCUGACAGUAGUACAAAUAACUUGAGUAAUAUGCCAGUUUCUCUCAUAGAAGGUUUUUGUCCAGGGAAUUUGGUCCCACAACUUGAAGGAAAAUUCCUUGGUUCACUUACUAAGUGGGGUUUCUGGCUAUAGAUGUGCCAAGUGAUUCAGGAAAGAUAUACCCAAGUAUCUGGUGAAGUUUACUACUGAUUGAACUUUCUUCAUUUGAAAACCUUGGGGUACAGUAUAUCUAAUUCUGUAAAGAUUGUACUAGCAGAGAAGGUCACAAACUGGAAUUCUUUAAAAUACUGUGGGUGCUAAAUGUUUUCUUUUUAAAAAAUCUUUUUCAAUGUUUGAUCUUUGCUAAGUUAUGCACAUUGUAUUUUAUUUUAUAGAAUAAAUUUUACUAUGAUAGUUGCAAUAA